UGGUUUGACAAAGUUAAAAUACAAAUUUGUUUAAUUUGGGUUGCUAAGUCGUCGAUUAGUGCGUGUUUAGUGUACAAUAUGUGAUUAGAUAAUGUAAAUAAAUUAGUUUCAUUCAAUUAAAAGGCACGCAAAGGUUUUCAUUGUAGCGUGCACGAAAGGGACAGAAGCUGGCCGCCAGGCCAAACACUUGCACCAGAAAGAGACCGUCAUAGUCAGCUAGAAAAGAAUAAUUUUGUAGCUGCUUUGCUUUUGUUUGUGUGUUUUUCCCUCAUUCAAUAUUUAAUUCAGUGGCCGAUUAUAGCAGCGGUAGCCAUACAAUGUGCAAUAGAUAAAUGACCGACUUGCGAUACAUGGGGAGCUAGAAAAACCCCAAAGGCUUCUUCUAAUCAAUGCCAAAGGAAGUAAUUUUCUACGUGCUUACUGCGCGUAUGUGUAUGCGUGUGCCUAACCGUGUGUGCGGGUGUACGUGCGGGAGGAAAAAAAACAACUCUGCUUAACCGUUGGUUGUUGUUGGAGUUACAUUCUAGUUGUUUUUGUUGUUGUUGAUUUUAAGCAACGGAAGAGGAGCACAAAAUAUUACUGUAAAAAAAGAGACAAAAUAUGAUGAUUCGGAAGUAAAUAGGAAACAUCGUAGAACCGCAAUCAGAUUAAAUACAUACAUAUGCACACGUACAAGCGGACAUACGCACACACACAGAUAAACACACGAAAACAUACAGAUGGAAGUACAUAUACAAAGGGCGCAACAUUAAAAUUAUACAGAAAGGCUCUUGCUCUGCCUUAAAAUGGACAAUACUGCUGGUCAGUAUGUGCGGAAGAAACUGGCCUGAUGGGACAUGGACAUAGAAUAGAAACCAAACCCACUGUGAAGAUUUGACUGUAAAUAGUUUCGAGUAAGCAAUGAAAACCAUUACGCCGGACACGACGACAACGUCGCAGCAGCUGCACCUGCAGCAGCAGCAGCAACAACUUCUCAUUCCACAAGCAGAACUGCAGAUGCAACACCAGCAAACGAUUUGUGCGCCGCCCCUGAUGAUGGAAGCCACGGCGCAUGUGAAUCUCGUGGACGAUGAUGAAAAGGAUCCACUGGCACUGGAGCACACGGAGGUGGUGUCGCCAACUACCAAGCACUCGCACAGUCUGAGACGCCACCUGCCACGCAUGAUCGUGAAACCCAUACCACCUGAGAAAAAGGCCAUGGCGCCAAGUGAAGACCCGCUGACGGGGGCAUUGCCAGGACUGCCAUCGCUGGCACCGCAUUCUGCCACCAACUCAGCUGCUCCUCCCGCACGCAUGUUCAGCAGUCGGCGCAUCCAACAACAGCAGCAGGCAAAGGCAGCAGCAGCAGCGGCUGCGGCCGCCGAAGCGGCAGCAGCUGAAGCAGCCGCUCAGGCCAAUGCGGGCCAGCCAUCCAGCACGUCGCCGGGCAGCAAAGGUGCGGCCUCCUCCUCGCAGGCCUCAACAAUGCGCGAGGUGCUGGCCUCUAUACCCGGAUUCAGCGUAAAGCCGCGACGUCGCAGCAACAAGAAGCUGACAACAGCAGCGCAAAUCGAGCAAACGAAGGACGGAAAAAUCGAUCUGGAGACCCCGGACUCCAUAUUGGCAUCCACCAAUCUGAGGGCGCUGCUGAACAAGCAGACGUUCUCUCUGCUCCCCCCGCUAUAUCAAUACAAUCUCAUUCAGCUGCUGCCCAGCGUCGAUCGUGAGGCCAGCGUGGUGGAGCCGCAAUCAAUGCCACCGCUUGGGCCAGAUCAGCCGAGCAGUAGUGGCGCCAGUGGCAGUGGGAGCUCCUCCUCUGAGGCCAUUCGACUAACUGCGUCGUGUCUGAACAAUGAAUUCUUUGCCCGCGCCUGUCUGGAGUGGCGGGAGCGACUGAGCGAAGGAGAAUUCACGCCGGAGAAUCAGCUGAAGCUUAAGACGGAGGCAGAGCGCGAGAAGAACAAGCUUGAUCCGUGGAAACUGAAGCAUUUUGAGCCCUAUUGGGGGGAGAAGAAUGCCAGGAAUGGCCCAGGUGUGCCUGCCACCGCUGGCAAGCUGAAGCUGGAGAUCGACAAGGAGAAGCAUCGGACGACAACCAUUAAGAGUGAGCCCAAACCACCAGCGACAACGCAACAACCACAGCAACAGCAGCAGCAACAAGCAACAUGUGAUAAUGAGACUGAAUUGAAAUUUGAUUUGAGCACAAAGUGCGAAACGACAGCAGCAGCAGCCGCAAGAACAACAACAACCACAACAACAACACCCCCUGAGACUUGCAGUCAGAAUAGCUUAGUAGUGACGGAGCAACAACGUCGCAUCCUCAAACGUCCGUCGAGCAGCCCAUCGCGUCGCAAGCCGACACCAACAAUAAUACUCGAGGACGACGAUGAUGAUCCCAUUGAGCUGCAGCUGCUGCCGAGCACAUCCAAGGAGAGCAAACAGAUGAAAAUUGAAGCUCCGUUUGUUCCUUAUUCGUCGUCAGGGAAUGCUGUUGUUGCCACUGCACCGCUGCCGUUGCCGCUGCCGCCGCAGCCGCCGCCGCCCACCCUCAAUCGAGAUGUUGUAGAUCAUGCCACAACGGUGAUAACUGCAACAAUCAAUGAGGAGCGACAACAACAGCCACUUAUCAACAGUACCUGUGAUAAAAUCGAGCCAUCCGAAGAGUGCAAUGAAGAGUUCGUUUCCAUUGAUCAGGCGGAUAUGGUGGAGCUAGAGGCCGCAAAUUUGGCUGUAAUGGCAGCCACAGCGGCAAUCACGCCGCCAACCAAUCCCGAGGCGGAGGUAAAUGAUUUUGUAAGCUAUUUGGAGAGCGUGGAGCUAGUUACCAAAGGGCCAUUGGAUGCAUCUAAUGAGGCAGAUCCCACAACGGCAGCAGCAGCAGCAGCAACAGGAGUCAGUCAUGAUUUCGUAUUUGCAGAUACCAUCGAUCAUGCAUAUUUCCACAACCAUCAUACAGACAUCAAUCACACUUACUACACAUCAUCGUCAUCGUCCAACAUGGCGCAUUCGGCAAUCAACAAACUGGAGGAGGAGCAGCACUGCAUUAAGCUGGAUGACUCGCCCAUUUCUUCAGCGGCCAUACCCAGCUCCAUUUGUAGCUCGACUCCACCCAGCUCGAUCACGUCCACCAGCUUUACAUCCUCCUCAUCCGCUUCACUGUCAUCGUCGUGCUCGAGCAGCAAUUCCAGCUCCAUGCCGGCCACUAUAACGGCGCCCACAACCACCUCUUCAUCAUCGUCGACAACAGCAGCAGCAUCAGCAGCAGGAGCAGGAGCCCCACUGUCGCUGGCUUCAGCGGCCGAGUCAACACUGGCCGAUGUCCAGGCUAUGCUCUCCUCGGUGGUCACGUUGCAACAGCAGCAGCAGCAGCAACAGCAACAGCCGUCUGUGGAGUUGAACUCGAGCGAGAUGUAUCAGCAUGUUCAGCACGAUUGGAACUUUGGUGACAUUAAGCUGAUGUCAGCAACGCCCCCAAGAAGCUCCCAAGCAGCGAGGGAGCACCAGCAUCAGCAGCAGCAGCAGCAGCAACUGAACCAUGAGGCUAUCAAUCUGAUGGAUGUCGUCAAAGAAGAAGAGGUCAUCGAUGACAAUAUGCUGGACAGCGAUGCGUGUCAGGAGUUCCUCGACGAGGAAGAUGAAUUGGAGGAGGAGGACGACGAUCUUGUUGAGUGCAUUGACGAGGAGCAGCAGGAACAGCAGAUGAUGGAUGACAUGAAUGACGAGGAUAGUGAUGCAGUGCGGGAAAUAGUGGACAAACUGCAGCAGCAUCAAGAGCAACAGCAGCAACAACAGCAACAACAGCAGCAGCACCAGCGGCAGCAUGUGCAUAUCCAGGAUGUAGUUCAUUUGCCUCAGCAUUCGUUCUUGCCACAGGCCCACAACGAGUACGGGAAUGAGAUUACGCAGGAGAUUCUAUGCGACGCCGUGCCCAUGUCGGCUGCCGAAAUGGAGGUGUCCAGCACCGUGAUCACCAACAGCAGCAACAGCAACGACAGCAGCAACACUCUGAGUCACAAUCAGCCGCCGCAACCACAGCAGAAUUCUCCAGCGGCUGCGCCACAGCAACGUCAGAUUCUGGUUGAUUCCAACGGUCAGAUUAUUGGCAACUUUCUGCUGCAACAGCAGCAGCAACGUCAACAGCAGCAGCAGCAUCAACAGCAGCAGCAGCUUCUUCAGCAUUUCACACUGCAAGCAGCAGCCGCACAGCAGCAGCAGCAACAGCAGGCGACGAGUAGCAAUUCGUUGACCAAAACUUUGCCAGUAACGCUACGCAAUGGAACCCAACAGUUUUUGUCGCCCAACUUGCUCGCCCAGCAGCAACUGGAGCAGCAGCAGCAGGCAGUGCAACAGAAGCAACAGCUGCAGCAAUUCGCCCUGCAACAGGCACAGCUGCAUCAGCGGCAACUGUUGGCUCAGGCUGCCAACAAUAAUCUGCUCCAACAGCAGCAGCAACAACAGCAGCAGCAGCAGCACCAGACUGUUGUCCCAGCAGCAGCACAGGCUAAAUUUAUAGCCAAGCCAUUGAAUAUAAUAUCCAUGACGCGGCCCGCCGCCAAUGCAUCGCCCACCACGGCAGCAACAACAGCACACACCACAACAAUUCCGUCCGCCUACGCUAAUGUUGUUGCCGUAACAGCCGCCCCACAGCCACAGCCACCACCGCCGCCAUCAAUAGCAACAGCAGUAGCAGCAGCCGUGCCCCAACAAUUGCCGCAGCCGCAGCCCCAGCCGCAGCAGCAGCUCUCCAAUCACAAUAGCAAUAUGCAACAGCUACCGGCCUUGCCUAGCGUUCUAACGAUGAAAACUCUGCCUCCCUCGGGUGUGCCGACGACCAUUGCCCAACAGCGAUUGCAACCGAAGAUGCCGACGGGCAAGGGACGCAAGGCCACCAGCAAUAGGCUGCCUCCAGGCGCCGUUAAUCUCGAGCGGAGCUAUCAAAUCUGCCAGGCCGUCAUACAGAAUAGUCCAAAUCGUGAGAAUCUGAAGGCUCAGCUGCGUCCCCCCGCGGCCAUACUCAACCAGCAGCCACAGGCACAGGCACAGCCCCAGCCCCAGCCCCAGCCAACGGCAGCGACCACAACGGCAAUACCUGUGAGCAGUCCCCUGAAUGUGUCGAAUGUAUCCACUGUGGCUGCCACACCCAUGUCGAACAUGACGGCGGUUAGCGCGAAUGUGGUCGCCGCACCAGCGGCUGCAGCACCCAUCCAGAAUAUGCUGAAGCCGGAGGAGCUGCUGGUUGGAGGAGCCGCUGCCGCUGGAGCCCUGCCCGCCGGCCUGCCUCCUAAUUUGAUGGGCGUUGGACGUCCGGGAGUGUACAAGGUCAUUGGUCCUCGCAUGAGCGGUUUUCCGCGGAAAAAGUAUGUGCAGAGGAAACCUUCACCCACCACAUUGAUAAGGCAUGUGUUUAGUCCAGGCUCUGGAGCAGCCAAUGCCACGCCCCAACAGCUUCAGAUACUCCAGCAGCAGCAGCAACAGCAGGCGGUGACGUUGCCAGUGGCACAAACCCAGCCACAGCCACCGGCGGCACCAGAGCAAUUGAUCCAUCAGAACGGCAGUGGCCAGUAUGUGCUGGUGCAUCGCGCCACUGUGGGCGCGGCCGACAAUCAGGCGCCCAGAGCGUCCAGUGCACCGCCACUGCAUCAGAAUCAGUUCGUCACCGUUCAGAAUCCACUGCACAGCAUGAAUGGCCUGCCGAUGGGCGGACGCGGGCGUCCCGCUUCGGUGGAUAAUACAGCGGGCAGCGGCAACGUUAUGGCGCCAGCAAUAGGUGCCACCGAGGUCCUGCACCAUCACCAUCAUAAUCAUAAUCACAAUCACAAUCACGAGCUGCAACAUCAGCAUCAGCCGCAGCAGCAGCAACAGCAGCAACAGCAUCAUCAGCAGAUGGGAAAUGUUGGCAAUGUGGGCGCCGCCGCGAAUAUUGUGCGGCGCAAUAUCGCUGCAGGCUCCAACAUCACCUACAUCGAUGGCAGCAAUAGCAAUUCAACAGCCGCCGCACUCAUGGAAGCAGCCGGCAACAACUACAUUGUGACCACAACUGCAGCACCAUCCCCAGCCACACCAACAGUCAUACAGCAGCAGCCACCGCCGCAACAGUCGCAACAGCAACAGCAACAGGCAGUGCAUCCACUUCUGCAGCUGCGCCAAAGUGGGGAGAACACACCGCCGGGCAGCGAGGCCGCAACUGCAACAGCUAACAACUGCGCCUGCUCGCUGAACGCAAUGGUUAUUUGCCAGCAGUGCGGAGCCUUCUGUCACGACGACUGCAUCGGUGCGGCCAAGCUGUGCGUGUCCUGUGUGAUCAGAUGAGAGCCGGACCUACUGCCCAAGGCCCAAUUGGACAACGUAUUAUAGUAAUAUAGAGACUCCCUCCCCCAUAGACAUCUAGAUUCAAUGGCUAUAUACAUAUGAGUAUGUAUCGCCCCCAUAGACAGACACCGAUUAUGAUCUUGCGAUUGAUUUGUGAGGCAAAAGCAUAAAGUAAAACCACACCACACGAUAGCGCAAGUGCAGAGGCUUACGCACAGCAGAAGCAACACCAGUCCUGUUCACAGGCACACACACAGUCCCAGGCCCAGGUGCACACCCCAAGCUAAGGCAACAGAUAGAUAUAUAAAUAAAAAUAUAUAUAUGGAUGUGUAUAUUUUAGAUCGUUCAAAGACCCAUUGUAAGCUAAGUAAUCUUUCAGUUCUUUACACUUUUUGUAUAAAGCCAAAAAGGGGAGGAGGAGUUGGAGGUUGAAUAGGAAGGAAGAAUGCCUAAAGGGCAAACAAACGAGUGUUGUGUAUUUUGUGCUUGUUGCAUAUCCCUAAAGAUACUCGUUGUUUUUGUGAUUGUUUAAGGAUAUCUCAAGCACACUAAAAAAAAAAAAACAAAAACAAAAAAUCAAUAAACUCUCAGUGUA